AUGAGCGAGAUCAGCAGUUACCAGGCGAAUCUCAAACAAGCCCUGCUGGCAGGUGCCAUGGCCGGAACAGCGGUCGAUACUGCACUGUUUCCGCUGGAUACCAUCAAGACACGACUGCAAUCACAAGCUGGCUUCAUGGCUUCCGGAGGAUUUCGUGGUGUGUACUCGGGAUUGCUCUCAGCUGUCAUUGGAAGUGCACCGAGUGCCACAAAACGAUUACUUGGUGCCGGCGUAGAUAAUAAUACCAACAAUACUCACUUUAUCCACAUGGCAGCUGCGUCGUUCGGUGAGAUUUCUGCUUGUACUGUACGCGUGCCAACCGAAGUGAUCAAACAACGGAUGCAGACAAAACAAUUCGCCACGACAUCAGCAGCGGUCAAGAACGUGUUAAAGACAGAAGGCAUCCUUGGCUUUUACCGUGGAUUCUUAUCGACCGUCGCACGCGAAAUCCCAUUCACCUGCAUACAAUUCCCUCUGUACGAAUACUUUAAACGCGCAUAUUCCGAGCACAGGGGUAGACGGAUAGAACCGUAUGAGGCUGCCUUGUGGGGCUCUGUUGCUGGUGGCAUUGCUGCUGCGGUGACAACGCCGCUUGACGUGUGCAAAACUCGCAUCAUGCUCUUAAGCAAGAGUCAGGCAACAACAGAAAACAUUGGCGUGGUAUCGACGUUUAGACGGAUCGUUGCUGAAGAAGGACCUCGGGUGCUUUUGUCGGGUAUUGGGCCGCGGGUGAUGUGGAUCUCCAUUGGUGGUAGUAUAUUCCUUGGCAUGUACGAAAAAGCUGUAAAAAGUCUCUGUGAACUACAAGUCUUAGAUGAUCGACGAUAG